CUCGGCAGUAUGUGGGUGUGUUAAAGGGAUAAACCACACCUACACGCGUACACGCUUUGCCAACCAAUCAACCAGGAAAUCUCUCUAUCCAGGAUAAAGAAACAAUAAACUUAAACAAUAUGAUGGAGUCUAACAAAUUAAAAGAAUUAUCUGGAAAUGAUAAUUUUGACACCAAAGAGGAGAAAAAAUUAUCUGCUUCCAACCGUCUCUCUGAGCUGCGCCUUAUCCUUUUGGGCUGGCGGUGGCCUGGGAAAAGCCUGACUGGAAACUCUAUCCUGGGGCGUGAAGAGUUUCGGCUGGAACGAGCAUCUGAAUUCUCAGUGAAGCGCGAUACAGAGCGCCACGGUCGCAAGCUGACUGUUGUGGACACACCAGGCUGGUUUUCAGCUCAGACCACUCCAACUGCUUAUCAACAGGAGAUGGCUCGUAGCCUGGGUAUGUGCCCACCGGGGCCGCAUGCUUUCCUGCUUGUCGUGCCUGUAGGCAUGUUCACAGACACCGACCGGGCGAGAAUCGAGGAGAACUUGGUGCUGUUUGGUGAGGCUGUGUGGAGGCACACUAUGGUGGUGUUUACGUGGGCCGAGGUGCUGAAGAACAUGCCAAUUGAGAGAUAUAUCCGGCGCCAAGGUAGUGCACUGCAGUGGGUGCUGGACAAGUGCAAGAAGAGAUACCAUGUUAUCAACAACGAUGCCUUCGGAGAGCACACGCAGGUUCCACAGCUGAUUGAGAAGGUGGAGAAGAUGGUAGCUGAGGAGGGAGGGCACUUCAGACCAAUGACAGAGGAGGAGAAAGCUCAAAAUCAGGUUACAGCUGAAGCUACUGAUGAGAACUCAAACCCGAAAGAGGUGAAAGAGAAGCGUGAGCUUGGAGCUCGACCCAAACAGAACUGUUCCUUCAGCUCAGUGUGGACUGUCGAUGUGGAGAGUCCAUAAAAUUUGAUGGAAGGAGUGUCUGAUUGAAGAUUGAAGGACAGGGACCAGAGAGCGAAUUUGUGCUGCUUCAUUACAUUCCUUUAUCUGAUAUCAUUUGGUGAAUAUCUGCAGCUACAGGAUAUGACUAUUUAUUUACCUAAAAACAGCAAAGUGAUAUAUUUAUUUUACAUACUGCAUGUGCUGUAUAUCUUUAAAAGAGGGAAAAAUGAGACACCUGCUAAUCAGUUGAUCUGCACUACUGAAGUCAUGACAGCUAGUUGUUACUCUGUUAUAAUAACUCAUUUUUUUUACUGUUAGGAAGAGUAGUUACAUUUUUCAUUUUUGUGUAUUACUAAAUCAAUGUCAUAUCAGAAUCUACAAUGAAUAUUGCCAUUGGACAUUUUAUAACCUACAUGCAAAGCCCAAUAUUUUAUUGCUCAUUUUCUUUUAAACACUUAAACCACCAUACUUCUGCCUUGACUCAUAUAUAUACUCUCUAUAUAUCACUAUAUAUAUAUUUUUUAAUAUGAAGUCACUGAAUAAAUGUCUUUUUUAUUAUUGGAUGUUAAAAGUGCUUUUGGGGAGCAUUUUAAAAAGGAGUAGAAACAUAUUUUCACUGAUUGCUAUAUUUAAGAAGACAAAUUUAACUUUUAACUUUUAUCUUAAGUGGAUCUUUUAAUUGCACCAAAAUAUAAAUAUUCAGCAGAAUGUCAAACUGGACAGUGGAAAAGCUUGCACCAAGACACACAGUGAAACAAACUGCAAAGUUUGUUCUAACUAGAACACUAUUUGUUCUCAAGGUAGCAAUAAUACUGUACCACAGUGUAAUGGUGUCAUGAAGAGUUAUGAUUGUAUUUUAUUGAACACAAAAAAGAAAAUUGAGAAUGUACAUGGAAUUAAACAAUAAGUGAACUUCCAUAAGAGUUGAAGAAAGUGGGUUCCAUUUGGAGUUAAAUAUAUCUGUUCAUAUAUAAGUGAAUUAAAAAUUGUUAAAACAGGUUAUGUAAUUGCAUAUCUCUGUGUGCUGUAGUUUUGCAAUAGAACAUUUUAUGAUUAAAAGAAACUGUGAUCCAGUG